CAUCCCUCAGCUGUAUACGAAAACAAGUGGCAGGGCUGCCGUUUUCUAAACAAUAUCAGUGGCCAUAUAUUCAUUUUGUUUGCGGUUCUUGAGAUUUCAACUAUUAUUUUGAAGGUUUUCUAUUUUGCAUACCGGAAGAGAUGGUGGGUGCGUUGAUGCUGCGGCUCCUGUUGCUGCCCCUGAGGACUCUGGGUACUGAGGGCAGCAGCCAUGUCCGGCUCCUACGAUGACUCCAUGGUCGACGUCUCCAGUGACAGCUUCUGGGAGGUGGGGAACUACAAGCGGACAGUGAGGCGGGUGGACGAUGGCAGUCGCCUGUGUAACGACCUGAUGAACUGUCUCCAUGAGCGGGCGCGCAUCGAGAAGUCCUACGCACAGCAGCUCACAGAGUGGUCCAAACGCUGGAGACAGCUUAUAGAGAAAGGCCCUCAGUACGGGACCCUGGAGCGGGCGUGGGGUGCCCUGUGCACGGAGGCGGAGAAGGUGAGCGAGCUCCACAUGGAGGUGAAGGCGGCGCUGAUGGGGGAGGACUUUGAGAAGCUCAAGGUGUGGCAGAGGGACUACUACCACAAACAGAUGAUUGGAGGCUUCAAGGAGACCAAGGAGGCUGACGACGGCUUCCGCAAGGCCCAGAAACCCUGGGCCAAGAAACUGAAAGAGAUGGAGACGAUGAAGAAGGCGUACCACGGGGCCUGUAAGGAAGAGAAGCUGGCCACCAGCCGGGAGAACAACAGCAAGCUGGAGAACAACAGCAACCCUGAGGCCCAGAAGAAACUGCAGGACAAGGUGGAGAAGUGCCAGCAGGAGAUGGAGAAGACUAAGGAGCGCUAUGAGAAGUCUCUGGAGGAGCUGGACAAGGUGACUCCCCAGUACAUGGAGAACAUGGAGCAGGUGUUUGAACAAUGGCAGCAGUUUGAGGACAAACGCAUCACCUUCUUCAAAGCACUUCUGCUGGAAGUCAAGCAUCAUCUCGACCUCUCCACUAAUCACAAAUUCCAGACAGUCUACCACACGUUGGAGGACACUAUCUCUGCUGCUGACGCUGAGGAGGACCUCAAGUGGUUCCGCUCCAACCACGGUCCUGGCAUGCCCAUGAACUGGCCCCAGUUUGAGGACUGGUCCAUAGAUUUGAACCGUACACUGAGUCGGCGAGAGACUAAGAAGAAGCCCUCCGAGGGAGUCACCCUGACGGGCAUCAGCCAAAUGGAAGAGCAGCAGGCAGCCAAGAGCAGCAGCAGCCUGACUGUGCCCACUAGCACAGAGCCGGUGGGUUCGAACCCCUUCGAGGAUGCCGACGACGAGGAUCUCCAGGGGACCGUGAAGGAACAGCCCACUGUCGUCAACAACAACAACAACAGCAGUCCGCUCAAUGUCAAAAAAGUGGAGGAAGUGAAAAUCGCCAGCAGUGUGGAGAAGUCGCAAGAGUGGUCGGAUGAGGAAACUGGGGUGAACCCGUUUUCCAUUGAGGACGCCAACGGCGAUGGGAACCCGUUUGAGGUGGAGCCGGCGUCCUCGGGGGUGUCUGUGGCCGUGCGUGCCCUUUACGAAUACGAAGGACAGGAGCGGGAUGAACUCAGCUUCAAAGCAGGCGAGGAGUUCACCAAGAUAGGAAACGAGGACGACCAGGGCUGGUGCAGAGGGCGCCUGAAAGACGGCGUGGUGGGCCUCUACCCCGCCAACUACGUAGAAGACAUCCAGUAAUGACAGAGCGAUGGACGAGGAGGAAAAUGAGAGAGGAUGGGGUGAAGAGGAGAAAGAAAGUGGAGGAGAUGGGUGGGCAGGGCAGGCCUCGCAUUCGCCCCUCUCACCCUACGUGGUAGAGGCUGGCCGCAGUGUGUGUGUGUGUGUGUGUGUGAAAGGGGUGGCAGAAGGAAGGGGUUUGCCCAUCGAAGGGUUGUAGCUCUCUCUGUUGUAUCUUCCUGGGUCCCAUGUCGUUAAGCACAAAUCUUCCUACUGCGGCCUGCUCUCGUUGUCAGCCUUUAUGAUGGGACACCCAGUACAGAGUCUAAAGCCAGCUACAAAAGCAAAUGUUACUUAAAGCCAUUACUGUUACAGAAAAUAAAUAUAAAAAUCUAUUUGAAACGUGUAACCUUCUAAUUGUAGCUUGAAGUUAUGAAGACGUUGAAAGAAUAAACUGAUUUAAAAGAUGUGAACAGACAUGGGAGAGGAUAUACAUGUGUCCCAUUCACGAGGUCUAGCACAUUUUAGAUUUGAUUUGAAACUGAUUAGAGACCUAAAAGUAAUCUCAGUUGAAUCUUUUAAUUAAUUUUUGUCAUAGACAAUUGGUGAUACAUAUUUUUAGUUCUAUAGAUCUGAUUCUAUUGCAAUGCCAAUUUGGAGUCCAGGAUCCGAUUUGGAAGUCUUAUGUCGAAAUGAGGUGAAUUCGUAAUUGCAUGUUAUUUCUUGCGCUGUUUUGUGUCCUUCACCCCAUCCUUUUGACAGUAAUCAAGGUUUUAUUUUUUUUUCACAUGAAAGCCAUUUGUCUGAAAUAUCAGAACCUACAGCCCCGUUUUCUUAUUUGACUUUUCAAAUAUUUUGAGAAAAGGGCUUGGAAUUCAUGGCAGUGCCGGUUCAGAACAAUUGUCUUUCUUAUCUGAUGCCUAUAGUUCAGAUUUGUCAAGUUUUGUUAUGCCUUUUUGUAUUUUAAAUCUGAUUUAUGUUUUGCUCAGCGAAUAGUUGAUGAAUGAGAGAAACCGAUAUGAUUAAUUAAAUCCAGUUGUUCCACCGUCACCAACCAGCCUGGUCUCAGAGCAUUUCAUAUUAUUCUGUAAAUGCUCUGAUACCAUGUUGCGCCAAACCACAUUUUAAUAAUAAGUGAUGCACUCAUAAGUUUUCCUGUAACCUUUACCCCUCAACUUUAAUUGAUUGUAUAUUCAUUAAUUGUUUCAUUGUAUUGGCUCACCUAUUGAUUGUACACGUUUGCUGGUCAUUUUAGUAUCGGGGACAUUCACCAGGGCGCAUAGGGUGCCAUUUGUGACAGCCUCUAUUCACACAAUUGACUUCACAUUCUGUUGGUAGAUUUUUACAUCAUGUGGAUGUUGUUUUUUUCUUUCCACACUGAAUGUUGGGCAAUAAGGUGUGUCACUUGAAGCUAGGAGCUUUAGCUGUAGCUUGCACUGGAUGUCCGAUUCAAAGCUUUGGGAGAAUAUACUUUUUUUUGUGGCAGCGAAACAAUGUUGCACAUUCAGCAAUAAAAACCACAGCUUUUACUGUUUUUCACAAACUAGAGGGUUCGAUUUAAUAAAAGUAUGUUUGCAUGUAAAUAGCGAGGAACCUACGAACAAAUUAAGCAGUUAUAGAUUAGGGAGUUGUGAUUUGGAAAUCAAAGACUGUUAAUUUAUGAGAUGCCUUACGUGUUUUUGUUCUCUGUCAGAUGAAAUGCUGUGAUCGGAAACAAAUCCGUUUGUACAAUUUUAUGUUUUAUGGCGAAUGUCUCGCGAAUUUGCUGUCUUGUUGCAUUUGUAAAUAUAAUUUAAUAACUAUCCAGAGCCUACUUAUGAUUAGUAAUUGACAAAUAACUGUGAGAUUAUAUUUGUCAUUUUCUUUUAAAAGUUAAUGAUUGACACACACACCCUUAACGCCACCACACGUCCAUUACCAGUAUUGGCAAACUAUCUGUUAUUUAGGACCUAUCCCAAUUCCCGUCUCUAGUAUAUGUUUCUCCUAUUGUUGACGAAUUGGCUCUUACAUUGUUGUGAGUGCAUUCUUUAGCAAACACUGUUUAUGCAUGAUGCUCCUGGAAAUAACCCCUACAUUUUAUGCCUACAACCGCAUAGCGAGAGAAAGAUCGAUUUGGUUUGAUAUUAGUUUUCUGUCAGUGUGAGUUUAUGCUGUGCGUUUCAGGUCAUGAGAUGUAUAUCAUUGGUUUCAGGUCAUGCCAUCAACAGAACACCGCAGCAGCUUUACUUGCACAACUCAGUUUGCCAAUGUUGUCCCACAGCAUACAUUAUAAAUGAAUUGAACGAAAAGAGAA